UCAAAAUGGCAGCCCCCAUGAAUAGCGUCGCUGGAUUUAAAGUGAUGCCAGUUAAACUAAAUAACAAAAGUGACGUUGUGAGAUAUUUUUAUUACAAAGAACAUAAUGUGCGAGAGAAAGAUUCAUCAAAGCCAUCGGAUAGAACACUCUUUGUGGUCAACAUUCCAGCAUAUUGCAAUGAGGAAUGUCUUCAACGUUUAUUCUCACAAUGUGGAACAGUCGAGAGUGUCCACUUUCAGCAAAAACCAGGCAUUUCAAAGACAAAAACAGCAGUGGAAGAGUCAACAUUUUUUAAACAAGUUAAUCUCAUAAAAGGUUAUAAGGUUGCUUAUGUUAUAUUCAAAAAUCCGUCUGGUCUACAAAAUGCAAAGAAAUUCAAUUAUAAACAACCAUUAUUAUUGUCAACAGAAGAAAGUCCUAUAUUUGCUGGUAUGAAAAAAUGGUGUAAAGAGUACAUUGAUAGCAUACCAGACACCACAGAAAUGCAAAAAGAAAUAGACGAAUACAUGGCAAACUACGAUAGACAGGAACUGGAGGAGGAAGAAAAGACAACUGAAUUGGAAGGAGUUGCAGACUCUGAUGGCUGGAUUACUGUAACUCGGAAAGGCAGAAAACCCGGAUUGGCCAGAACAGAAGUGAACCAAACAAAAGCAACAGUACAAGAAAAGAAAAAGCGAGAGAAGACAGAAUUAUUAAACUUCUACAGGUUCCAGUUCAGAGAAUCCAAGAGAGAGCACAUUGCACAACUGAGAAAGAGAUUUGAAGAGGACAAGGAAAAGAUUGUCGCAAUGAAAGCUGCGAGAAAAUUCAAACCGUAUUGAGCUAUUUUUUUAUUACAAAUUCUUAAUAAAUACAUGUAUAUGUAUCACA